CCAUUUAGUACAUGUAUGAAUAAGACUAAAGGAACUUCAAGUUUUGGUAAACGGCACAACAAGACACACACCUUAUGUCGUCGUUGUGGACGCAGUAGUUACCACAUUCAGAAGUCCAGAUGUGCUCAGUGUGGUUAUCCAGACAAGAAGAAAAGACAUUACAACUGGAGUGUUAAAGGCAAAAGAAGGAACACCACUGGAACUGGAAGACUACGCCAUCUCAAAAAAGUUUGGCAGAGAUUUAGGAAUGGGUUCAAGGAAGGAAUAAAACCGAAAACACUGAAGCGUGCAGCCGCUGCUCCUACAACUCCAUCUGCAUAACAUGGAACCUUCAAAAUGUAGAUUUGAUAUUCAAAAAUAAAAACUUUCCAGAUUCUAAA